GUUUGUCUCUGUUCACGGUGCUUCCUCUCUCUCUCUCUCUCCCCCCCCCUCUCUGUGGGCAAAUCUCACGCAGAACCCGAGAACAACCCUCACAUCAAGGCUUUUCUCCGGCAGAAUUCGCCGGAAGUUCUGCAACGGUUCAGCUGCAAUGUGGAGCUCACGUUGUUUCUUUCCUCUGCUCACUCUGUUUCUUCUUCACUCGGUGGUGGCUCUGGUCUCUGCUCAGGGAUCUACCAGAGCCACUUGGAAGACACUAAGUGGAAAUCCACCAUUAGUCAUAGCACGUGGGGGAUUUUCGGGGAUAUUUCCUGAUUCCAGCCUAGGUGCUUACAAUUUGGCACUAAUAACAAGCGUACCAAAUGUCAUUUCAUGGUGUGACGUGCAAUUAACAAAAGAUAGCGUUGGGAUUUGUCUUCCAGAUGUCAAACUUGACAAUGCUACUGACAUUGCUGGCAUUUUUCAAAAUAAAUCCACCACUUACUUGGUUAAUGGUGUGCCGACACGCGGAUAUUUUUCAGUGGAUUACGCAAUAAAGGAUCUAUCUCAAGUUGCUUUGACUCAGGGAAUCUAUUCUCGAACUAACAAGUUUGACGGUAAUUUAUAUCCAAUUUUUACUGUCGAGGAACUUGUUAAACAAGUUGACCCACCAGUCUUGUGGUUGAAUAUUCAGCAUGAUAUGUUCUACUCGCAACACAAUCUGAGCAUGAGAAACUUCGUACAUUCUGUUUCUAGAAAAGUAGUCGUCAAAUAUAUCUCAUCACCUGAAGUGAGUUUCCUAAGAGGCAUAGCAGCACGCUUUAACCCCAAUAUAACUAAACUGGUCUUCAGAUUUAUGGGACAGGAUGACAUGGAACCAUCAACCAAUCAGACUUAUGGCACACUUCAGAAAAAUCUUACAUUUAUCAGGACAUUUGCUUCUGGAAUUAUCGUUCCCAAGAGUUACAUAUGGCCUGUAGAUGCCAGUUCCUAUCUACAGCCACAUACAACUUUGGUUUCAGAUGCUCACAAAGCAGGACUGGAAGUUUUUGCAUCAGAUUUUACUAAUGAUAUUCCAAUUAGCUAUAAUUACAGUUAUGAUCCUCUUGCUGAGUACCUUCAGUUCAUUGAUAAUGGUGACUUCUCUGUUGAUGGUGUGCUCUCUGACUUUCCUAUAACUCCAUCCGAAGCUGUGGGUUGCUUUGCUCACCUAAGUGCAAAUGCUACUAAAACAGUUAACAUUUCGGUUAUCUCAAAAUUUGGGGCAAGUGGAGACUAUCCUCCUUGUACUGACUUGGCAUACAACAAGGCCAUAUCAGAUGGCGUGGAUGUUCUUGAUUGUCCUGUUCAGCUGUCAAAAGACGGAAUACCAUUUUGCCUAAGCUCCAUAGAUCUCAUAGAGAGCUCAACAGUUGCUCAAUCAAGUUUCAGCACACUUGCCACAUCUAUUCCUGAGAUCAAGUCUGGCAGUGGCAUAUUUUCAUUCAGUUUGAGAUCAGAUGACAUUAGGACCUUGAAACCCUCAAUAUUGAAUCCAUAUGCAAAAUACACAUUGUUCAGAAAUCCAAAAAAUAAGAAUGCUGGGAAGUUUUUGACAUUACAAGAUUUCUUGUCCUUGGCAAAAAAUCAGACUUCUCUAUCUGGUGUCUUGAUCACUGUUGAGCACGCAGCCUAUCUUGCAGGGAAGGCAGGACUAAACGCUAUCGAUGUAGUCCUUAGUGGUUUGAGCAAAGCUGGUUAUGAUAAGCCAGGGGCACCAAAAGUUUUGCUUCAAUCCUCUGAUAGCUCUGUACUAAAGAAAUUCAAGGGUAAAUCCAAAUACGACCUUGUCUAUCACAUUGAUGAGGACGUUAGUGAUGCGGACAAGGCAGUUGUUGAAGAGAUCAAAGGCUUUGCGGAUUCUGUGGUUGUUGCAAAGUCAUCUGUGUUUCCUGAAAACUCCGCCUUCCUGACUGGCUCAACCAAAAUUGUGCAAACGCUAAAAUCUUCUGACCUUGCUGUCUAUGUAGAAAUAUUUAACAAUGAGUUUGUAUCACAGGCCUGGGAUUUCUUCUCUGAUGGCACUGUAGAGAUCAACUCAUUUGUUCAGGGAGCUGGUAUUGAUGGUGUCAUCACAGGAUUCCCAAAGACAGCUAAUAGAUACAGAAGGAAUCCUUGUUUGGCAGCUAAAACUUCACCUCCUUACAUGCAAGCCGUUAAAGCUGGUGAUCUUUUACAAGUUGUUACCAAAGACUACCUGCCACCGGCCGAGGCUCCUCUCCCACCCCUGACAGAAUCUGAAGUGUCAGAGGCACCUUUGCCUCCUGUUUCAAAUACAACGGCCAAGGCUCCUGCCUCUGCCUCCGGACCAGGGACGUCUCCACCCGGCAAUGCACAGCCGAAGGUUAACAUCUGCUUCUUUUUGUCCAUUUUAGCUGUGCUUGUCUCUUUCCUUCUGCUCCUUUAAGUGUUGAGAUCUGCCGACAGUCUGGGAGAAAGCCCAAAAGAAAGGAGAGAGAAAGAAAAAGUUGUCCGUGCUUGUUUUGGUUCCCUACUCUUUCCUGCAUUGAGUAGCCCGAAGUUAUUCUGCUUCAGACUGCAUUUAACAUUCCAAGUUUUUUUCCCCCUUAACAUGAGUAUAUUCUUUCCCAUAAUUGUUGUAGCUUAGGUAUGCUUAUCUUUCCUCUUGUAUGAACACAAUUUGUGUAUUCUUUUCAGAUGAACCUUUCGUUGUAAGAUACUUUGUAUUUAUUUGUGUGUGAAUUUGAUAUUACAUAAACAUGUGGAAUUUUUCCUGGGAGGGUUCCUUA